AUGCCACAUGGAGUGCAUAAAUCAAAGAGGCCAAGUGGAUGCCAGCAAAGAAAAGCAAAAGAGGCAAGAACUAAAUCAAUCAAAACACUUGCUGGAUCCAUGCUUCAGUAUGUUAAAAGACCAGAUGAUGGCCAGGGUUCAUCUAAAGACACUGCUUGUGAGUCUCCGAUUGAUAUAGCUGAUUCUUCGGAUGCCAUUGCUAGCAUGCAUUCUGCAGAAGAGCAAGAAGUGGAAAUGGCAGAAUCUGAAGUAGAAGAGCAAGGAGCAGAAAUGGCAGAAUCUGAAGCAGAAGAGCAAGGAGCAGAAAUGGCAGAAUCUGAAGCAGAAGAGAGUGCUGAAAGUGACUCUAGCCAUAGCCAUGAUACUGUAAAAGAGAUGAUUGCCAUUAAGGAGAAAGAUUUGCAAAUUUUAAGUGAUGUUUCUUUCUGGGAGAUACCAGUUCCAGACCAUUUUCGGGUUGAAAUCAUCAAAAAGGGAAGUGCUUCUUUUCAGAAUAAAGAUGGUCCUUUCAGUGUUGUGAAAAGGCCAGAUGCAAAAGCUGAAAUAAAGGGAGCUGUGCGCCAACUUUCAAAAGAGUGGUUUUACAAGAUGAUACCUAAUGGCGAGAAAAUUCUGCGAUCUUGGAUGGUUUACUCACCUGUCAGUGAGAAUUUAUACUGUUUUUGCUGCCGACUGUUUGCCAUUAGUGCUACAGAUACCAUAUCCAAAUUUGUGACUGGGUUUCAGAAGUGGUGGAAACUGAACCCGAAAGUACAUAACCACGAGACAUCUGAAGAUCACCUACGUUGCCUUGAAAAUUGGAAAACUUUGGCAGCAGGACUGAAAAUGCACAAAACCAUUGAUGCCGAAAAUAUUGCCUUGAUGGAAAUUGAGAAGAAAAAGUGGAGGGACAUCUUGCACAGAUUGCUUGACAUCACAUUGUUUCUUGCCAAACAGAAUCUGGCAUUCCGUGGCCACAAGGAAGAUGAAUCUUCAUUCAAUAAAGGGAACUUUCUUGAGAUGGUUGAGAUGCUUUCAAAAUAUGAUUCAGUACUGAAAGAGCACCUAAUUAGAUUAAAGCGGAGCACAUGUAAACUUAAAGUAUCGGUUUCAUAUCUUGCACCAAAAACUCAGAAUGAGUUUAUAAGGGUCCUGGCAAAUCAUGUGAAGGAGAAGCUUGUCAUGGAGAUAAAGUCUGCAAAGUACUUUGGGAUCAUGUUUGACAGCACACCUGACAUAUCCCAUACUGACCAGAUGUCAAAAGUGAUCAGAUAUGUAAAAAUCAGCAAUAGGAAAGUUGAAGUAAAAGAAGUAUUUCUAGGAUUUUUCCCUUUAAAGGGGAAAAAAGCUGCUGACCUCAGUUCUGAAAUUCUCAAAAAAAUGGAAAGUGAUGGAUUGGACAUAAUGAUGUGCCGCGCUCAGGGCUAUGAUAAUGCUGCCACUAUGGCUGGAAAACAUGGAGGUGUGCAGUCAAUUCUUAAGGAAAAGAACAAAAAAGCUAUUUUUAAUGGAUGUGUGGACCAUUCACUUAACUUGUGCGGGCAGCACUCUUUUGCUGAAAAUGCAUCAUGUGUGACAUUUUUUGGAACUCUUCAGACAAUGUUUUCUUUCUUUUCUGCUUCCACCCAUCGAUGGGAUGUAUUAAUUGACCAUACUGGAAUGUCAGUGAAAAGGCUAUCAACAACACGCUGGAGUGCUCAUCAUGCUGCAGUUAAGCCAGUAAAAGAAAAAUUUGAUAAGUUUGUAGAGGCGAUUGGAGAUCUUUGUGAUCCAGAUGAAAAUUUGGAGACAAGAGGAGCAGCACAAGUUCUUUUGAAUGCUCUCUCUGAUUUCACUUUUCUGUGCUACCUGUACUUCUGGUCUGAUGUACUUCAGGAAGUUAAUGAUGCACAGCAGUACCUGCAGACUAAGGGCUUAAGUCUCGACAAAGUGGUGACAAAGCUAGAGACGCUAAGACUUUUUCUGUAG